AUGCCGCGUUUUGAGGUUGGCAUGCUGCGGUACAUGGAGCACGAGGAGAUGCGCGUGCUCCAGGCCAUUGAGACGGGCAUGAAGAACCAUGAGCUCGUGCCCCGAUCCCUCAUCUCCUCACUGGCUGGCCUGCGUCAUGGCGGCGCGUACAAAAUCCUCAGCACGCUUGUUCGCUACAAGCUCGUCGGUUAUGACAACCUCAAAUCGGAGGGCUAUCGGUUGACGUUUCUGGGUUAUGAUUACCUCGCCCUCAAGGCCUUGACCAGCCGUGACUCUAUUGCCGGCGUGGGCAACAAAAUCGGCGUUGGCAAGGAGUCGGACAUUUACAUUGUGUGCGAUGCGGACGAGAAUCAAAUGGCUCUCAAGAUUCAUCGCCUGGGUCGCACCUCUUUCCGUGCCAUCAAGUCCAAGCGUGACUACCACCGCAACCGCACCUACGCCUCCUGGAUCACCCUCUCCCGCCUCUCCGCAGCCAAGGAGUUUGCCUACAUGAAGGUGUUGUAUGACCGCGGCUUUCCCGUUCCCAAGCCCGUGGACUUCAAUCGCCACUGUGUGGUCAUGGGACUUGUGGACGGAUUCCCACUCUGCAACGUCAAGGUCGUCGACAAGCCCGGGAAGCUUUUCCACCGUCUCAUGAAAAUUCUUGUCAAGUUUGCCGAGUGCGGUCUCAUCCACGGUGACUACAACGAGUUUAACCUCAUGGUCAGCGAGCAAGGUGACGUAACGGUCAUUGAUUUCCCACAAAUGGUUUCAACCGAGCACGAAAACGCCGAGUAUUACUUUGAUCGCGAUGUGCAAUGCAUUCGCGACUUUUUCCGCAAACGUUUCGACUUUGAGGCUGAGGCCUGGCCCUCUUUUGCCGACGUGCAUCGCGCUGAGCGCCUGGACGAGCUUGUCAACGCCUCGGGCUUUGAUGCCCAAGACCAGUUUCUCCUCCAUUCGAAUCUCGAUGCCUUUAUGAAGUACGCCGCUGCCAAGCCUAGUGCUGGCGAGGAGUCCAUUGCAAAGGGAGCAGUUAGUGAUGACGACGGCAAUGCCGAUUCCCAGGCUGAGGAGGAGGACAGCGGAGACGAGGCCGAUGGCUAUGAUGAGGAUGAGCAAGCAGAGGGUGCAGAUGAAGACGAGGUUGAAGAUGAGGUUGAGGAGCGGACCAUCGAGGGUACUGUGACUCUGGCAGAUAGCGACGACGAGGCGGAUUACACUCCGCGCGUCCCGGUGGCGCCUCGGGUCGAGAAAGAAUCUAGUCCGGCAUCAGCCGAGACGACGGCCGUGAACACCGCUGCGGCCGAGCAGAAUGGAGAGCCAGAGGAAGACGACCUGAUGCCCUUGCAUGAGCUGAAUCGUCAGCGUUUGGCAUUCCGAGACAGUGACUUAUCGAGCGUGCCGCGAGCCAACCCUCGCGUGCGCAGCGGAGAUAGUUUGAGCAGCAACGUGUCCACAGCCAGCCGCGUAUCAGGGGCCCCGCGCAUGGCGCCCAAGGAGGUGCGCCAGCGUGUUCGUAGCUCGCUGCAGCGUCGUGGUCGUGGUGGCGGGGCUGGUGGCCGCUCCAAGACGACGCGCAACCGCAACAAGGAUGCCGCCAAGCAGGAUCGGGCCCAAGCCAGCAAGUCUACUUCGGCAGCCUGGUAGAGAGACCAGGUGCCACAACAACAAUUUGGAGGCGACGCACGUUCUGCGACUUUUCAAGCCAGAGAUGUGCCCCAGCACGUGCGUCUACUUUGGGUGCCGUGACGUAGUCUUCAGAAAGGACGAAGUUGCCCCGCGGGCACGCGUCACGGCCCAAGCACGAUUCAGCAUCGCUUGGCAUGGCCUUUGAUACUGUUUUUGUCUUGUUGCAUUAUUCCCCACCUGCAUUUGAGAUUGUCCAAGCUGGUUUGACAGCUUUGACCUCGGUUGUAGCUGUAUAUGUAUCGUUGAUUCAUCGUUUCAUGUGACGGUGUGCAUGUGUGCGCAUGUGUGGUGCUGUGGAUGAGUGUCGACACGUGUACGUGUCCAGUUGAGCUGAAUAACUGC